ACGAUGUGGAAUGUCAAAGCUCUACUGACUGAUGGAAGACAUACAUCUAGAACCGUUUUAUAUUACCACUUUCUUUUAUCGUUUUGAUCACUACAUGUGUCUUUAUUUGUGAGUGAACAAUUCCGUUUGUACAAAACAUUAAAACAAGUGUGUCACCUUUGGAUCCGGAAAACACGCCCACGAUUGCUAACUGUACGCGCAGAGCAAAGCCAUUGGACAAUAAGGGCUGUCAAUAGCGCAUAGCUGCCAUUCUUUCCGUUCUGUUCUGAGCUUGGCGAAGAGUUUGCAGAUGUGUUUCAGCAUGGGCAGUUGAAACAGCAGGACACUGCUCAAUAGUGUAACUUUUACAGAAUACUAAAAUAUUAAUUUCUGAUAUACAUAUGGGAAAUUGAUAACUAAUAUUGUUGUACGGAAGCUAAGACUGUGCCGAUUUUAGAAUUUCAUUAAUUUGUUUUGUCUUGAACGACAAGGAAAAUGCCAGUAGCAACUCUAUUGCCUUUUACAGCUACCCCGAGUAGGAAGUCUGCCAGCCCGACCUCCUUUAGAUUGACAGAGAAAUUCAUUUUGCUAUUAGUUUUUAGCGCUUUUAUUACGCUUUGUUUCGGGGCAAUUUUUUUCCUGCCGGAUUCAUCGAAGCUACUGAGCGGAGUUUUCUUCCACUCGUCUGCGGUAGAAACCAACACGCGAACAGGUACGGAUAGUGAUUCAAACGUUGCAGUUGGGACCGACGAAAAGAUAUUAACCAAGAUUAGAAAGGACCACGAAAAGGCUUUGGUUGAAGCAAAAGACACUCUCCAGAAACGACCAGACGAGAUAAAGCAAGAUAUACAAGACGAGAAGGACAAAGUUUUGAAGGAAGGUAAAGGUGGGAAAGAUUACAAUAACCUACCAGUCAUUGAAUAUGUUCGGCCACCCGGAGCAACAGGGCACGAGCCCUCCGAUCCGGAAACCAAAGAGAGACGAUCAAAAAUUAAAGAGAUGAUGACAUUUGCCUGGGACAGUUACAAGCGCUACGCCUGGGGAUCUAAUGAGCUGAGGCCUGUCUCCAAGCAAGGCCACUCCAGCAAUCUGUUUGGGAGCAUAAAAGGAGCCACCAUCGUGGAUGCUCUGGAUACCCUGUACAUCAUGGAGAUGUUUGAGGACUUUGACAUGGCCACAGAGUGGGUGGAGAAGAACCUGGACUUCAACGUGAAUGCUGAGGUCUCUGUCUUUGAAGUGAACAUCCGGUUUGUCGGAGGCCUGCUCUCUGCCUAUUACCUUUCUGGCAAAGAGGUGUUCAGGAGGAAGGCCAUAGAACUGGGAGAGAAGCUGUUGCCUGCAUUCAAAACCCCCACAGGCAUCCCCUGGGCCCUCCUAAACCUGAAGAGUGGCAUCGGGAGGAACUGGCCAUGGGCGUCUGGAGGCAGCAGCAUCCUGGCGGAGUACGGCACCCUGCACCUGGAGUUCAUGCAGCUCUCCAAGCUGUCAGGGAACCCAGCCUUUGCAGAGAAGGUCAUGAACAUCCGGAAGGUUCUGAAUCGCCUUGAUAAGCCCCAGGGAUUGUACCCCAACUACCUGAACCCUAACAGUGGACAGUGGGGACAACAUCAUGUGUCAGUGGGCGGCCUGGGAGACAGCUUCUAUGAGUACCUCCUCAAGGCCUGGCUGAUGUCGGACAAGACAGACGAGGAGGGCAAGAAGCUCUACUACGAAGCUCUGCAGGCCAUUGAGACCAGUUUGAUGAGAAAGUCCAGCGGUGGCCUGAUGUACAUCGCUGAGUGGAAGGGCGGGCUGCUGGAGCACAAGAUGGGUCACCUGACGUGCUUCGCCGGGGGCAUGAUCGCCCUGGGGGCGGACGGAGCGCCCGAGGACAAGACGGGUCACCAGAUGGAGCAGGCCUCAGAGAUUGCCCGCACCUGCCACGAGUCCUACGCCCGCACCACCCUGAAGCUGGGCCCGGAGGCGUUCAGGUUUGACGGAGGCGUGGAGGCCAUCGCCACGCGGCAGAACGAGAAGUACUUCAUCCUGAGGCCAGAGGUCAUCGAGACCUACAUGUACAUGUGGAGGUUCACCCACGACCCUAAGUACAGGGAGUGGGGCUGGGAGGCCGUGCAGGCUCUGGAGAAGCACUGUCGUGUGGAGGGGGGCUACAGUGGAGUGCGGGACGUCUACGCCUCCAGCCCCAACCAUGAUGACGUCCAGCAGAGCUUCUACCUGGCCGAGACACUCAAAUACCUGUACCUGCUCUUCUCUGAUGAUGACCAUCUUCCCUUGGAGCACUGGGUGUUCAACACCGAGGCCCACCCCCUCCCUGUCAUUAAGAAGGAGAUGACAGACACAGACAAGCCCAGCCAGCAGGAGUAGAGUGGUCCUCCUGGAUCACCCCCUGACCUGACCCCUCCCACCACCAAACUCCUCUACCCCCUCCCUUUCUGAGCAGUGGACGGAACUGUCUCUUACUCCUCCCCCACCAUGGGUGGAGCUCACCCAGGCAGGCCGCUUCCCUGGCAGACUGGACUCUCCUGUUUUGGAGUCCCUGACCAGACCAGAUGGAACCGGACCGGCUGCCUGCCUCUCUAGAGGCAGACUGCCCCCUACUGGGGACUGGGAGGAACCACCUCAUCCAAGAGUUCUCCUCUUGUCAUCUUGUAAAGCUAGUCUGCAUGCUCCCCUCCCUCCCAGUGCUGUAAAUCUACACUCCUCUGUGAGGAGAACAGGACACUCUGCGCUGUAACAUUUGCCGUCACUCCAAAAAAAAGCCAUACUGAUUUGAAGACAGCUUUGUCAUUUAUUUUCUUUCGUUCUUUCCACCAUAUGGGGUAUGUGUUUGUGGGUGUGACUGACAAUAGAUCAAUGUCAAUCAACAUAUCACAUUUGUGUCGUUCUUAUCGUAAGUAUGAUUUUAGUCACACUUUAACAAUGGACCAUUUAGGUGGAUUUCUGUUAAAGACCCAGAGCUUGGUUCUCACCUGCUUGAUAGUCAAAUCUUAACUAGUGCCUUUCAGUCUAAUAUGGUCUAUCAAAUAAGCAGUUCGGGCAAAUGGCAAGGUUUUUAAUUUAAACCGGUAGGUAGGUACCACAUUGUUCAGAUGGCAUUGUUGAUUGAGUGCUUAGUCACCUCCUCUACCACACUGACAUCUAGUGUUGAACACCAGUAAUACACCAGUCCAGUCAGAUGAGUGUAGCAGGUCCACAUACAGUAUUAAAGGAGAUGAAGUACCUUGAUGGGAAAAGACCUGCACUGAGAACAACCUCUGUUUAAAGAAGUAGAAAUGUUGACCAUCUAUCUGUUCCCUUCCUCCUGAAGUAUGGAACGUGUGGACAGUAGAGUUCAUUCCUUCUACCAACAUGUCAUCAAUUCAUUCAGCCUAGUCUGUUUGUCAGAACUUUGUUUCCCAACCCCACCCCCAUCAUCAUGUUCUUUUGUUUUUUAAUUGACAAAGUUGACAUGUGCUUUGUUUGUUUCUUUGUUUCUUUAUUACAGGUGGUAGAGACAUUAAUCCAUGUGAUGUAAAAUAGUUCCUUUGCUGUUAAUUUAUUCCAUAGUACAUAGGAAGGAAGGUUUGGAUCAGGCACCUAGGUGGCACUGUGGAGAGAAUGGGCCCUGUGUUGUUGUUUAGGUGGAUUAUUUGGGAGAUGGGAGGGAGACAGUGUGGGGGAGACAGUGUGGAAUCAGACCAAGAAUUUGGUAGUCAAUCAUAUGUAACGAAUGCAUCGUAUGAAUGUACCAUCAAAUGUGAACUGAAGAUUAUUUGACCUUUUGUUGUUCUCAAUUUGUUUGUUGAGAUUUUCUUUUUGUUCCUUUCUUCUGGACAGCACAAAAUGCUGAAACAAUGUGUUGUGGUACCCAGAGCAAUCUAUUUAAAGAGGUGGAACAUUGAGGUUCCUGCAUUAUGAGGCAUUUACAUGACACCUCAACAUUCUAUGGCAGCCAUGUUAGUUCCCCAUUAAUGUUACAUAGGGAAUAUUUAAAUAAUGAUAUGUAACGGAAUGUCUAGAAUAAGAAAUAUUCCAAAUUCGUACAGUUUGCCCAACUCUCUAAAAUAUAUGGCUCUGGUGGUACCGAUCAGAGGAAGCUGUUACUCACAUAUGAACAUACAUAUAUACAUGCUGUAUAAAGACAAGAUGAUAAAUACAUCGAAGUGGUCACACUGUACAUGCAUAUCGUAUUCAGAAGUUCACACUCCAACACACUUAUGAACAUGGAAAUUUAUGGACACUCAGAAAUGGAUGUUCAGGUGACCACAGGACCCAUCAAACCGCUCUGUUGUCUCAUCAUAAAGGCAAAGUUAAAGGGGAGGGGAUUUGUAUGAAACAAUGUCUUGUGGUCCUGUUCUUCUGUAGUGCACAUCUUUCACAGUCAGGGGGCACUGAUGUCCACAUACAGUACAUCUUUCACAGUCAGGGGGCACUGAUGUCCACAUACAGUACAUCUUUCACAGUCAGGGGGCACUGAUGUCCACAUACAGUACAUCUUUCACAGUCAGGGGUCACUGAUGUCCACAUACAGUACAUCUUUCACAGUCAGGGGGCACUGAUGUCCACAUACAGUACAUCUUUCACAGUCAGGGGGCACUGAUGUCCACAUACAGUACAUCUUUCACAGUCAGGGGGCACUGAUGUCCACAUACAGUACAUCUUUCACAGUCAGGGGGCACUGAUGUCCACAUACAGUACAUCUUAUUUGGAAAUAAACGGGGUAGGAUCAAGAGGUCUUGAAGAAGGGCCGUCAUCAUGGUUGAAGUCAUUUUCUUACAUUAGAGGAUUGACCAGACAAGAGGUUUGAGAUGCUGAUAUCUGCCCACUACUGGAGCCAAACUCUGCUUUCUAUAGCAUUCUUUAAGACAUAAUAAUAAUACCUGUUUAUCUUACUGACGGAAGCAAUGUUAAUGAGGGAAACUGUGAUAUCUAUGUAGGCUUACAUCCCUACCACCUAGUUCAGUUCGGUAGCCAUUCCGGUUCCAGGGAAGAGCGUCACUAUACACUGUGAUACACUGUAGAUAUGAAAUUGCUGCAUUCACCAUCUCUGCACUGUCUGAGAGCCUAAGUGUUCUCCUGACUGUUGCAGCUUUAGGGAGCAGCAGAGAUUACUCGUAGUGAUACUGAGAAACUUCAAGUCGCUGUAAAAUGCUAACACAUGACAUAUGAACCAUUUCCUUUCAUCUUCGUUUCAGAUAUGCAGACUAGAAGACGUGCUGUUCAUUUCAAAGUGACUUUGUGGUUGAAUAUUGUGUUGAUGAUCUCUCACAUUACAAUGCCUUUUAUUUGUGAAUAUUGUUCAUGGUUUUGUGAAACAACCUCAAAAAUGUAAACGGUACAAUAAUGCUGAUAAUCAUUCCAUUGCACAUAGUUUAUUUUGGUUUAUAUGCAAGUUUAAUUUUGUGAGGAGUUCUGUUCUGUUUUUUUUUUGUGUGGUUUGUUAUUGAAAUGUAAAUAUUCCAUUCUGGCAAAUAUGCCAUUCUACAUUUAUAUAAAUCUUAUGAGCUUAAAUGAUAUUAAUGAGCAGCAAAAUGUUUCAUAAACUAUAUUUGUUACAAUUCUAUUGUGAAUAAAACAAUCUUUAAUAUCAA